CGCGCCAGAAAGGGCCCGGUCGCGCCGAGGCUCGAGCGGCCGUCGCCAUUUUGUAGGGUUGUCUUCUGACGCGGGAGCCGCCGCCACCGCCGCCCGCCGCCCGGAGGCUCUUGUCCAGGAUGGUGAAGCUGUUCAUCGGCAACCUGCCCCGGGAGGCCACGGAGCAGGAGAUCCGCUCCCUGUUCGAGCAGUACGGGAAGGUGCUGGAAUGUGACAUCAUCAAGAACUACGGCUUCGUGCACAUCGAGGACAAGACGGCGGCCGAGGAUGCCAUCCGCAACCUGCACCACUACAAGCUGCACGGCGUGAACAUCAACGUGGAAGCCAGCAAGAACAAGAGCAAAGCCUCGACCAAGCUACACGUGGGCAACAUCAGCCCCACGUGCACCAACCAGGAGCUGCGGGCCAAGUUCGAGGAGUACGGGCCGGUCAUCGAGUGUGACAUCGUGAAAGAUUAUGCCUUCGUGCACAUGGAGCGGGCGGAGGACGCGGUGGAGGCCAUCAGGGGCCUUGAUAACACAGAGUUUCAAGGCAAGCGGAUGCACGUGCAGUUGUCCACCAGCCGGCUCAGGACUGCGCCCGGGAUGGGAGACCAGAGCGGCUGCUAUCGGUGCGGGAAAGAGGGGCACUGGUCCAAAGAGUGCCCGGUAGACCGGACGGGCCGCGUGGCGGACUUCACUGAGCAGUACAAUGAACAGUACGGGGCAGUGCGCACGCCGUACACCAUGGGCUACGGGGAGUCCGUGUAUUACAACGACGCCUACGGAGCCCUUGACUACUAUAAGCGCUACCGCGUGCGCUCGUACGAGGCGGUGGCGGCGGCGGCAGCUGCCUCUGCGUACAACUACGCGGAGCAGACCAUGUCCCACCUGCCGCAAGUGCAGGGCACGGCCGUGACCAGCCACCUCAGCUCCACCUCCGUGGAUCCCUACGACAGACACCUGCUUCAGACCUCGGGGGCCGCCACCUCAGCCGCCAUGGCCGCCGCCGCCGCCACCUCUUCCUCCUACUACGGAAGGGACAGAAGCCCCCUGCGCCGCGCUGCCGCUGUGCUCCCCACGGUCGGAGAGGGCUACGGUUACGGGCCCGAGAGUGAGCUGUCCCAGGCGUCGGCGGCCGCGCGGAAUUCCCUCUACGACAUGGCCCGGUAUGAGCGGGAGCAGUAUGCGGACCGGGCGCGGUACUCAGCCUUUUAAAAACUGGAGUCCCAGGAGCCCGAUGUUAACGAGGCUGCCAGGAGGAAACACUCCAGAACAGUUGGGGAGCCAAAUUCGGGUCUCACCCUAGCAGAGCUGAUCCAAGACCGUCACAGCUUUUGAAGUCGAUUGGCACAGAUCAAGACCAAGAUUUGGCCCUUUGUAAUAAGUAGAGGAACUUGGUGUGAGUUAACUUUUAUUUUCCCUCCAGCCAUUGAUGUCUGGAGUUCCAUCGUGACUGCAAGAAUUAGAGAACUCUAGGAGUGAUUCAUUUUGGAUUUGGCGAGGGAGAUUUGGUCAGUUCGGGGAACUGUUGGCACAUGACAUUGUGACCUCUAGGUGUGUGGAAUGACCUGUUUCUCCUUGAGACCCCAUAUUCUUCAUGACUCAUUUCUGAAAGUUUUAUGUGAAAUGAAAAACACACUUAGAACAGUGCAGUUGGCUUGCUGCUUAUGGGAUCUCGUAAGCAUCUCUCACGUUUCCAAGACCCCGUGCUUAAAGUGCGCUUUCAACGGUGUGUGUGCCCUUGCUUGCUCUGGGUAGCCUUGUAGAGGCCACGCUUCCAGGGAAGAGCGGGCGAUGGCUUAUCGCUAGCCUAGCGGUUAGGGCUGGGUGUGCUGUGACUCCUCGGUAAUUACUUGGACUGUGCACCAGUCUGACCUCCUUCUGUUCUGUUCUCUCUCUCCCCGGAACGCAGGCCGGGCCCAGGGCCCUUGUCCUCGGACCAGCCGCUCUCCAGGCCCUCAGUAAGCUCUCUGUUGUGCUCUCUUUCAGGUAGGAUAAUUGCGGACUGAACCCUCGGGCUGCGGUCAUGUAUGACAACUUGCUCCGCGCGGUCCCCUUUGCCGGGAUGUUUCCAUUGCUUCAUGUUUCAGUAAACAAAGGAGUUUGUGACCAACUAUGUUUUCUUUCUUAAUUUAAUUCUUCUGAGUUUUUUCUUUCCUCUUGACACUAGUGUCUGUAGCCCUUCACUCUGUUCCUUGUAUCCUCAGCCUCCGAGCCGCCCUAGGUAAGGACUGCUGGCGCCCCUCCCUGUGCAGUUGGAAGCCUUCUUAUCUUGCUCUCCUAGGAGUUGAGUCCUUCUCCCUGCCUACCUCCAGCAUUCCCUCUCCCGAAAAUGACCAUGUAGUGACAAACAGCCUUUUAUUCUGUUAGCUCUGGACUCUUAACACCGAAGCUAAUCUUUUGAAAUUGCUAGGACCAUUGGGGGUUUUGUUGUUUUGUUUCGUGUCUGACCUGUGAUCGUGGUACAGCAUUAGCUGAAAUUUAGCCUUGUUUUAUUCCUCUCCUCCCACCCCCCUUUUUUUUUAAAUUUUUUUGACAAAUAAACAUUUCUAAUACUU